AUUUAAAACUUAACAAAUGAUUUGUAAAUAUGUUUUUAAAAGAGUAAAGAAUUUCUGUGAUUAGGUUUUUAUUCAAAUGAUUUCGAAAUGUUGUGUUUGAGUGAAUGUUUGGCACUUGUAUUGAGUGAUCGCGUCUACAAUAAGCUGUAAAAUGUAUGCAAAAUCACAGCCUUUUUUCAUUUCGGACAUCACUUGAGAUCAGGCUUUAAGUCAAUUGAAUAAAUCCAUGGAUCAAUCUUCAGGUGGUAUUAUAUUGUCGGACAUGAAUGACCAACAGAUCAGAUACAACACGUCAUGGGAUUCGCGACAACUCUGUCAUCAAUUGCUUCAAAUGAAUGUCAUCUCAAGCGAAGAAUCCAAGAUUCUGACGGAGCAACGCAUCGAUGGCUUGACUUUUCUUCUGAUGACUGAAAAUAAUUUCAAUGAAUUGGGAUUUCUUUUGGGACCAAAGAUCAAGAUUUUGAACUUCAUUUCAAACAUCAAACGACACAUUGAAGUGGAUUACGAUUUGAAUGAAUCCAAACUCAUGCCAAAGGAGACAAUCCAGUCAUCGAUGACUAGCAUUCAGACGAAGAAUGAGAGGGGAAGCGGUGAUGUGCCCGAAGCUAACGAUUCGAAGCCCGAGUCUGAAGGACACAAACCAGUGAAGAGUCCGAAGACGAGCCGAUCGCACAAAUGCCGGGAAUGCGAUAAAACCUAUUCAAAGGUGCAGUACGUGAGAGACCACGAGAUGACAGUUCACUAUAACUCGGGUCCCAAUUACUCGUGUCGAGUGUGCGGACAGACGUUUGGGUGGAGAGUAACCAUUUUGAACCACAUCAAGAAAUAUCAUCCGGAGCACCGCUGCACCACACAAAUGGUCGUCAAACUCUUCUAA